GAGCCAUCGUACAGUGUGGCCAGCAGCUUAUACAAAGUUCAAAAUGGCGGCGCGCAAAGCUGUCAAUAUUUCUUGUUCUUUUCUACGAAAACAGUUCCUCGACAGCCACCACAUGCCACACAAGAAUGCUGCCAUGAUGCUCUCAGUCUCCAUUAGAAAUACAAGUCGCUUCUCUUCCACCAAUACCAGAAAAUCACUCCCAGAACCACCCAUGAAGAUACGCCCCAGAAUCAAGUCCUUAUCAAAAGAGCAACCUCCUGCAAUAGAACAAGACGAUCUUUUGUGUGUUGCAUAUUCGUCAAGUGAGCGUUACAAUAUACUAGGACUUAGAGAUGCACUGAGUGUUCAAGAAAAUUACAAGGUCACAUCCCUACCUAAAGAUGCACGGGAUGUUUUAUAUGUUUGCAUUUUUAAUGAUGAGAAAACAGAAACAACUGGUGAAGUUUUUAUUUUCAGGUGGCUUGGUGCACUAGUGUUUUGGAAUGUUGAGCAAAGUGAGAUGCAAAAAAUCAGAAAACUUACAGCUCGGUUUGAAGAAGGGCGAUAUAAUAGGGAUACUAUUGAAGAUGAGAGUGAAGAGCUUCCAUUUACAUAUUCAGGGUCACCAACAAGUUUAGUCAAAGGCAGGAUCAACCUGAAUUCAGAAUCAGAGCCAGAAACUAAACCACUUGAAAAAUUUGCAUUCUCUCAUGCAGUGGCUUUAUCAAUUAAGCUUGGUAUGUGGGAAUCAGUCCUGGAAAAAUAUAUUGACUCCAUAGCCUGGGUGCCAGAGGCAUUAAGUAAAGGGGAACCAUUAAAAUUAUCAAGAAAUGAAGUGCUAGUGAAAACUGGAGAGCUAAUUUCUCUAAGGUAUAAAAUCAACUUAUCCUCGGAUCUCCUAAUGACACCUGAUUUCUACUGGGACCGGGACUCUCUGGAGGGACUGUAUGACACUAUGUGUUCUUAUAUGGACAUCAGGAGACGGACCAAGGUAAUGAAUGAGAAGCUGACGCACUGCAGUGAGCUUGCAGACUUGCUGCGGACACAUCUGAGUGAACGUCAUUCCUUUACCCUAGAGUGGGGAAUCAUCGCACUUAUUGCAAUAGAGGUGUUGUUCGAGAUUGUCCACUUGGUUGAGACACAUUUGUGAAGACAGAGGCAAAGGAUGCUUUUUUAUUAGUAGACGUUAUAGUGAAGGAAAACAAGUGACAGCAGGAUGAGUGAAGCGAUACAACAAUCAAACAAUGCAACCAAGAAACUCAAGGGGUGAAACUUGUAACACCUUGCAUUGCAUUCCAUUCAGCCAGUGAUUUAGAUACCAGACUUAAUACAUCACCAAUAAAAUAAUGGAGUCAGUAUGAAAGUAAAA